CGCCGCUUCAAGAUCGCAAGUCGCAUGGACACCGUGCUCGUGGCCGCGGAAGAGCUCUACCUCCUCAACCAGCGCUUCACGUUGGCGCGCGUCCAGCGCGUCUACGAGAUGUAUCGGCGCUACGUCAACCCACACGUGACGGACGGCGGCUACGCACUCACGCUGGACGAGGUGCUCUUCGUGCUCGAGAUCCCUUCCGACGACGACGAGGUCGAGGUCCGCGCCUUCUUUGAGCGCAUGAUGGAGCGCAGCACGACCGAGGCGCGCGAUGCGAUGGACAUGCUUGAGUUUCUCGUUGCGUUCACGCUGCUAAGCCGCGGAACUCUCCGCGCCAAGGCCCACUUCCUCUUUGUCCUUUUCGACUUUGACGUCGAGGACGAGAUCGACCAAGAAGAGCUUAGCCUUCUCAUGACGCUUGCGACGAGCGGCUUGCACAAGCUAGGGCUUGUAGAGGAAUUGCCGACGUUCGACGCCAUCACGCAGAUGAGUGCCGAUGGCUUUGCCCGCCACGGCGUCGCUGCUGGUGCCAAAAUGAACUUCAACCAGUUCCUGGACUGGGCGACGUUCCACGCCGACCCGCAGUCGCUUCUGCAGCGAUUCACAUGUGCGCUCCGACUGCACCAUCUAGUGCACGGCUUGAGCCGCCUCGCCCACCGACAAGUGGACCCGUACUACCGGUACCAGUUGGCGCUGCAGACGCCGUCGCCGCCCCUUGACGCUGUCCGCGUGCUCUGCGGCCCGAUCGUCGGCCAGGUGUCGGAUACGACCAUCGACGUCCUGUACGAGUUUUCGACGGCGGCCACCGUUACCUUUUACGCCUUUGAAGACAAAGCCGUCGUCGACCCUCAUUGCCCGCCAACCGACACGGCGUCCCGCAGGUUGCGUCUUGCAGAGUCUCAUGUCCUCACUGUCGCGGAGCAUGAGCCUGUGCUGGUGGCGUUCACAGCGCUCACGCCCGGCGCCACGUACUUGAUCGGGCUCACAGGCGUUGCAACCGGCGAUGCCAACACACGAACUGCCCGCGUCGCGACGCAGCCGCCCACUGUAACUACACUGCGUAUCACAGUGCUCAAUCACUUGGGGCCAACGCUGCUGCCGUCCCACGAUGCUCUCUCGAUGGCGACGGCCAGCGAGCUCUCGGCGGCCACGACGUCGCCCCGGCUAAUGCUUCACUGGCACUUUGGUACCUUCUCGCCCGAAAUGAUCCUGCACGCCCUCGACCUCCUCGACCUCCAAAAUUUGGCGUCCGUCCAAAGCACGACGGACGCGAUCCAGUGCCAUUGUCGUCAGGUGUGGGCACCCCUCGACGACGUUGCCUCAACCGCUUCAAACCUCGUUCUCACUGGAUGGAAGGAUGCCCUCUACGGCGGCUUUGACGACUCGCAUAUGUCACAGCUCAAGACACUGCCACAAGCCUCCCGUACUUGGCUCGAGACCUGCGUUCAGGCUAUGUGGACGAGAUAUGUCACCGCACUCUAUCCGCCGACGACAGAGUCUUCGAACGACGAGCUCGCACUGUACCGUCGCGGCCCCAUCGCGCUGAUAUACGUACCGCCGACACUUACCAGCACCGACACCCUUCAGCACCUUUUACGUGCCACGACAUCGUCGGUUUGCGUGGUGCUAACGACAUCGCCGCUGUUCCCUCUGGAGGAAGCGCCGCAACACCCUGCGUCGACCAGUCGUCAUCUUGGCGCCUUGUCGUCCUGGCUUCUUCAAGGUUCCUCAAGGCGGCUCGUAUUGCUGGCGCCCACCCACGGCGCGGGGGCAACAUCGACCGUUCAUGUCAAGGGAACAUCCUACUCGUUUCAGCAGCUAUUAUGCGGUGCACUGCGACAACGGCGGCCACUCGGACAGCUUAUGGACGGGUACCCAGCGUACGACGUCAACAAGUAUACUGUCGAGCACACGUCGUCCCACUGGGAGACACAUUUCGGGCAGCUGGAAGUCCAAGUAGAUGCAACGGUCGACGUUGCUGCACACUGCAUUGCGACUGCGCGGUGGGCUAUAUCACCGCGAAUCGUGGUAGGUCCCGUUGUCGGGCUCGUCACGGCGCGGAGCGCCCAGCUUUUGAUUGAGCUUGACGCCGACGCGGUGGUUCUUGGCGAGGCCAUCGACAUUGUGACGCAGGCGCGGUACGUCUGCCGCGAACGACUCUAUCGCGCCGAGCCCGCGGUGUUGACGUUUGACCAUCUGCAGCCGCAACGGCGGUAUCGUGUGACACUGCAGGGGCUGCGCUGCGCAUCGCCCAUCUAUGUUCAGACGCCGCACGAGCGAGCGCCGUCAUUGCACGUCACGUGGGUGGGCGGGGACGAUGCCUUUGAGAACCGGGCCUUCCAGCCGGUGGAUUCGUUUUGGCCCGAUUACCGCGAAAGCAUGACGUUGUGGCCGACCACGGACAUUACGGUGCUCCUCCAUCGAACGUCGCUGAGCCUCGCGUCGAUAUGCGCAGCGAUGGCACACUGGCGUGGCGCGCCGACGACGGCCGAAAGCGUCGUCAAGCAGUUGUUUCGAGCGACAUUUGUCACGCAGUGGAAUGCGCAAGACAACGCGGCUGUCUUGGCGCAUGGCAGCCACUGUUUUUUAGGGACCGGCUACGACUGGAGUGCUGUCAACGAGCCGAUCAGCCGCGACGUGGUCGUGUGGGCGCGCCAAGUCGCCUUUGCCUACCAGCGCCACGGUCUCUGGCCGACGCUCGACCCGUUGCGCCGGUAUGGCUACCACUGCCAAGACGGCAUCGGGUUCUUGCACCUCGAUGUGCUCGAGCAUUGUUUGGCGAAUGCCGACAUCUACCUUCAAAAUACGCCCGAGUUUUUGAGUCCCACUCAAUGGCAGCUCGUUGAAUGUGUGCUCACGCAGGUUGUGGGCCUCUGCUGCACCGUCAUUUCAUGCAGCUCGCCGAUCGUGUGGCAUCAACAUCGCCACGAGGUGCCUUCUUCUCGCUACCUCGGGCUCGAGUGGGUUCUCUACCCAACCGAGCAACAGCGGCUAUUGACCCUGGCUUUUGCAUGGAAAGCAGCGGUGCCGGGGCGCGACCUCAUCUUUGUCUGUGCGGGGCCUCAAAGUGCGACGACCACGCUCGUACACGCAGGCGUCUCGGUGACGCAAGUUGUCGUCGGUCCUGUCGCUUGCGUAGUCGAGGACCUUCCAACGCUGCCCAAUACGACGGGCGCGCUCUGCGACGGCACAGUGGCCUUUACUCACGUCUUUGGCGCGUCACCCGAGUAUGCGAGCACGAUCUUGACGCCGCAUGCGACGCAAGCGCGGUGGCGACUCCACCGACAUCAGCUGGCGCAGCCCAACGCCAAGAUUCUUGUCGGCCCCGUGCUCGGCAAACUCACACCGACAUCAAUUCGAAUCCUCAUCGAAGUCGACCGGGAUGUUGAAGCGUGCGUCUGCGUGUGCACCACACCACUCGCGACCGACCGCAUCACGGCGACGUGUGCGCUUCGAGCCUACACCCCGCUCGCCUUUUCGCUCGUGGAGCUCACACCCGCGACCGAGUACAUUGUCACGUUCGAGGGUAUCGCACCAGCGUCGGUCGUGACCCGCUUCACGACGCCUGCCACGACGCCAUAUGCCUUUUCGAUGCUCGCCGUCCACGACACCAACUGGCAAACCGUGUUGACGCGGUCGGCGGCUAGCACGGCAAUGUUGUCGACAUCAUCAUGGGCAGACAUCUUGCGCAGUCGGUCCAUCAACGCUACAGAGGCGGCGGCGACGGCCCAUACCAACGGCGACAUCCUCGGCGUCGACGGCGCCACCAACCUCUGGCAGCGCGCCGACGUCGACCAUACAUCGGCGCCGCUUCGAAAGCCGAUCGUACUUGUACACAACGGCGGCCACGUCAACUUGCGCGCCGCCUUUAGCGAUGCUGAAUUGGCGACCAUUGUCAUGCGGCUUGUGGCGAUGGACGAAGCGCACUGGGCGUCGGUGCUCCCCGAGCUUCAGCACGCGAUGCAAGAAGCCUACCGCGUCCAGUGGAACAUUCCGCCGUUUCGAGACGCUCUGCGCAACUGCAGCAAUGUCAUGCUCUUUGACGAGAUGGAUUUGUACUUUCGCUUGUCGGUGAUCGAAGGGCGGCUCGACGAGACGCUGGACGCAGCCAAGGCGGCGCGGGUGCUUCAGCUGCUCCGGGACACUGCGUACAACGUCUGGCUGCUCUACGCCAACCAGCUGGCAACAGACGUCAACCCACCCGAGUCGCUCACAGCAACACGGACUUCCAUGUUUGCCAGCUACGGCCAGUGUACACUCGUCGUGCUCAACCAGCACGCCACACCCAAGGAGGCUACAGCGGCAGCUCCAGUCCCCAAGUCGAGUGACAUUGACCUCUCCAAGGUGACGCAAACCAAUAACUUGCUGCCGCCUGGCGCGUGGCUGACGCUGGACGACGCGCUCCUCUACGCCAAGCAAGGCUGCAAGGUGCUUCUCGUGGUUCUCGCUUUUGACGCGCUUGAAGUUGCGCUCAAUCCCCUCUACCUUGUCGGUGUCAACCGGCUGUUUGAGAAGCUCUUUGAGUGGAAGAACCAGGCGCCAGGAGCCGACCGCGAGCUACACCUCGUGACGCUGGGCCCUGCGCUCACAACGUACCUCGUCACUGACCAGCGGAGCCAAGGUGUUUGUGGGUUGCAACAGCUCGCGUCGAUCUCUACGCCGACACGCGCGUCGUCGACGCCGCUGUACCCACCGAGCGGCGCCAUCACCAAGAGGUUUCUGUAUGCCAAGCAAGGCAAUGACGCCGCGGACGCGACCCAGAGCUUUGUGUCGUUUGCGUAUUUUUCAGACCUGGAUCGUGUCCAGUGUCACAUGCAGCCUGUCGUUGAGCCCUACAACAUCCCGUGCAAAGCGCUGCUCGGGCCUGUUCUCGGUCGGCUCCGUGUGGUCCAAGACCGCGAGACCGACAAGUACUCUGUGACAGCGAUGCUGCUCCUCGAAGUCAAUGCCGCCCGCGCCAUUACGUGCAUUGUCCUCGACAUUCUCUCGGGCGACGAGCAGCGGGUGACGCAAGAGCUACAGGCGUACACGCCCUCGGUCUUUCUCUUGGCGACCCUCGACGUCGAUCGGCGCUACACCUACCGUUUUGAAGGUCUCGACGACGAGACGCGAUGUGGGACGUUUCACACCCCGUCCGAGCACACUAGUGUCCUCAACAUGGUUGCUGUGAGUUCAAAUCUCAUCCAGUUUCGGGAUCCGGCCGUCGUGAACUCGUGGGACCUGCUCUUGCAACGGCUUCGUGUGCCGUGGCACGGUCUCGAUGUGCUGCUGCACGUUGGCGGCCAAGUGCCACUUCAAGAAGCCGCCGCCGAGUGUACCCACUGGCUCCAAGACGAGUGCGACCGACGCCCCAUGGACACAUUAGCGCAGGUGGUGGCGACACUGCGUCCGCGAUUGCGCCGUCGGUUCCAGCAAGAGUACUGGGCAGCGUGGAACGUGCCGCACUUCCGCCACGUCCUUGCGUGCAUUAGCAACUGGAUGGUCCGCGGGCAAGCCGACGUGGCGACGACGUACGGCCGGUCGCCCGACUUGCUGCUCAAAGAAGAUAUGAGCCUGCGAACGCUCGAAAUCUUGAGCUACAUCCACGAGAUCGCCAUGGACGUGUGGCGAGCGUACCAAGGUGCUUUGGGCUGGGGCCCCGACGCCUCGGACGCGGACGAACCACAAGGGAGUAUCGCCGAGUCCCAUGUGACGACGCCGGACCUUCCGCUCUAUUAUGCGCUUCGGCUCGAGCACAUUGGUGUGUUUGUGUUUGACCUGCGAAGCACGCGUGUUGGUGAUGUCAUUUCGUGCAACGGACGCCUCUCGACGCCACUGCCACCGACGGCGCGACCGACGAUUAGCGAGGCCCAGUGGCUGGCCUUUGAGACCUUGCUUCGAAAGAAGAGCGUCCGGGCGUUGAUCCUCGUCAUGGAGUUUCCGCUGCUGCUGACGACCCCGAAGAGUGCGCCAUUGACAGCCGCCCGGCCGCUGUUGUACAACGCGCUGGACCUGCAGGCGCACUGGGUGGCAUGUCCGUCGCAGCUGGGCCAGCUCCUUUCGCUGCUCUUCAAGUGGAAGGAGAAGAUCGACGGUCGGGACGUGGCAGUGCUCAGUGGCAACAUGGGCUUUGGUCUCGAGACGACAAUCAAAGACAAAACCUCGACGUUUGAGCUGCACAACUACACGACCGGACCGAUCACAUCGACGGUGCAGCCGUUCCCGUUUACGGAUCGUGGUACGUUUGAGAAACGUUUUGAGUUUGAGCAGCGCUUUGUGUCGCCGCUGCCGAACUACGUGCUCUUGGAAGUGGCCAUUGAGUCGCACGUGGUCGACGCGGCCGUGACGCUGACGUACGCGUCGUUGAUCGGUGACGUGCUCGAUUCGGCCAACGCGAGGGUGCUGCAUGCGCCGACGCGCCUCCGUCGACGUCCGCCGUGGUGGCGCCGCUACUGCCUCCAGGACGAGCGAGCGUUCUGGACCACGAUCGUCGUCAACAGCGUCGAGAGCCAAUCCAUCCUUGCCACGUACCUUGCCGACGACAAGGCGUACCUCAAUGCGACCAAGCGCUGGUACACCAAGUACAACUUUGUCGAUACCACGCGCCUCGCCGACCUCCAGAGCAGCUCCACCAGCCCCGAGACGCUGCUCGCGAGCUUGCACGACGUCGCCAAAGAUAUGUGGGCAACGUUCCCUCCCGCCAUCAAAGCCACGGUCGCCGUGCUCAGCGAUGUGUUUGUGGUCGAUCUCGCUCUCGAACAACUCCAGCUCGACCUCAGCGGUCCCAUUGACGUCGAGAGGUUCCGCGCCAUUUGCACGGGGCUUGCCAAAGGCGCGUGCGCGCUCAAGGCGGCGGCGACGUUGGCGGCCGAAGACGCAGCGAUUGCAUACGAGGCCGACCGGUUGGCCAAGCUCGAGCAGCAACGGACGUCGGCGGCAGCGACCGAAAAGGCGGCCGCCGAUGCGGCCGCGGACGCCGUUGCGAUGGCGGCGCUGCAGAAAGCCAACCUCCUCGAGUACGCCCAAGAAAUGAACAAGCGCGAGAAGGACCGGCUGGAGAAGGAGGCGGCCGACAAGGCGACGGCCAAAGCCGCCAAGCGCGCCGCCCGCGAAGCCGAGAAGCUCCAUCACCACGACGACGACGUGGCGCUGCACAAGGAGAAGAAGGCGCUUGCAGCGCUCAAGGGUCGGCUCGAGACGCACUACGCAUCGUUGGGGCAGACGCCCGAGUACGAAGCCAUGGAGAUCGAGUGUGGCCGGCGGACGCGCGAAGUGCAUUUGCUGCAGCAGCGACGGGACGAGUCCAAGGCCCGCGAUGCCAAGACCAAGACCAAGCCAACUGCAGAGACGAAGGGAUCGACGUAGACGCAUUAUCUAUCUCGCCUGCUCGUUGUGGAGCGCUUCGCACUCGUCAAUCCAGUCGGUGUACACGUCAA